ACUGCACCGUAUGUACAGACCACGUAACUACUGAUGACAGUAGUUACGUGUCGAGACAAUAAAAUAGUCUUAAUUAAUCUUUACAUGUAAUUACACUUUUAAGUUUAAAAGUGUGUAUCAACAAUAAAAAAUAAAGGGUGGAAGGGACAUCAACGCAUUCCCGUUUUCCAGGGGUUCUGGACACGCACGCCCACGUCGAGUGAGGUGGCGCAGAGCUGCGCAUAAUCGCGCUCUCCCACCCUGACCAGGGCUAAUGGUUAGUACAUAGAUUUAAGCAGUUUGGCGAAGUUAACGAUCGCAUGCCCCUUCUAUCUUAUGUAGAAAAUUACGUAAACGUACGUACCCGCGACUCUGUCGAUAAUUUAUAGAUGUAAAUAACAUUAAAAUUGGAUAAUAAUAAGUAGACUCCAUUUUCCAAACUUUUUCAGAAACCAUUUUUUUGGUUCUUUCUUAUGCAGUCUAAUUAAAUAUAUUAAUUCUAUAAUUUAAUUCUAAUUUUGCGGCCAGAGAACCGCACUGAUAAAUAGAUACGUUUGACUCAAACAUCUUUGAUCGUUUACACCAUGGUGUUGAUAUGUAGACAGGUCGAAUAUUCGGUGAUUAAAGCUGUUAAAGAUAAUAGAACAUCUUUUACUAGUAUAAAAAACAUAAAAAUUAUCAUUAAAAUACUGUAAAGAACACCAAAAGAGUCGCGCGCGCGCAGUUGUCACCUGCGGUCGUGUUAUAGUUAAUGCGCUUCCCGUGCGCUAUUGUUGACAAAAUGACAAGUACGAUAAAGUGUGUAUCUUGUAAUAUCGUUAUUGACGAGCUUCUAGCUUAUGUUCAAAAUAAAAUAUCGAUUGCCGAUGAGGCAAGUUUGGUGAAGAUAUGUGCAUCGGCAUUUUCGAGUGAACAAAUCCAGAAAUCAAAUACUUUACUGAUUGAAUCACUAUCAUCUGAUGUGCGCAGAACCGUCCGUAAAGGAAAAGGCAAGGAUAAUCGUGUCUUGAACGAUAUUGUAGCGAUUUUCAAAACAACGGAACCUGAUUUGCUGCCGGUUUUUGUGGCCCGCGAUCUCGAGAAAUUACCACCUAUCACUUUUGAUCAUUUGGAUGUAUCUAAGCUCCUUAAAGACUUAGUCCUAGUACAGGCUGAAAUUAAUAACAUUAAGUCUACAUAUGUGACGCAAAGUGAGCUGCAAAAUCUUAAGGCAGUUUGCGAAAUGAAUUUUUCGGCCCUACCGAAUCCUAAUGUAAACACUGAAAGAGGUGCACAGUAUGAUAAAGCGAUACAAGCUAUGGACAAAUGUUCAAUUCAAAAAGCAAAACGAUUGAAAACUAAUUUAGGACAGGGUAGUUCAGAAAUACUUUUUCAAACGCCGGCUAGCCGUUACGAAUUCAAUGGCAACAGUGAAGAAACAAUUCACGCGCCUAGCGACGAAUGCUCGACCGAUGCGUGAUUGUUACCGUUAUCUAUUACCACUGCUCACGGACCGAGCGAACAGCUGAGUGAAGAGGUGACUCACGUACAAUCAUCCUUGCAGCGAGAUCAAUAUGCAAGCGUUGCAUCUAUGAAAUCGAAUGAUGAUUUUAUAUUGGUGCAAAAUAAAAAGCGUAAGGUAAAGGACAGACUUAAAGGAAGCAUGGGUAGCGUUAUAAUCGAGUCUGCAGAUAAAUUCAGACCGGCUGACA